GGGUGGGCAGGGCCGUCCUUCCCAGUAGAGGCUCCUCGGCGGAAGGGGACGCGGAACGCGGGAGCCGUGGCCUGCUAGCGCUCCCGCUGGGGGCCCCGCGGUGUGUGCUCCGGGUCCCGGUGGUGGUCUAGGUCCUCCAUUCCAAGAUGACAAAAAAAAAGAACAAUAGUCAUGCCAAAAAGGGCCAUGGUUAUGUGCAGCCUGCUCACUGCACGAACUGUGCCAAGUGGAUACCCAAGGAUAAGGCCAUUAAGACAUUUGUUAUUCAAAACAUUGUAGAGGCCAACAGGGAUGUUUCUGAAGCAAGUGUCUUGAACAAUUAUGUCCUUCCCAAGCUCUAUAUGAAGCUUCGUUACUGUGUGAGUCAUGCCAUUCACAACCAAGUGGCCAGGAAUCAAUCUCGUGAAGCCCCGAAGGACUGUACACCUCCACCUUGAUUAAGACCUGCUGGUGCUGCCCUACAACCUCCAUCAAAGCCCAUGUAAGGAGCUGGGUCUUAAUGGCCUGAAGAGAACCAGCUUUGGCAACGCAUGUAUUAGUGGACUGAAGAAAACAGUGUCUUGGGAAAGAAAUAAUAAAGUGGAUAUUAUACUUAAAAUAAAACCUGAAGUACAUACAUACCAUGCAAUACUACUUAGUAACAAAAAAGAGCCAGGCAUUGUGCACACCUGUAAUUCUAGUACUCUGGAGGCUGAAUCAGGAAGAUUACAGUAUGUUGGAAGGCAUUCUGGGCUAUAUAGUAAGUUCAAAAUCAGUCUGAGAUACAUAGUGAGACUCUGUCCCAAAAAUAACGACAAAAAAAAAAAUGAGCCAUUUAUACACUAAACAAUUUAAAUGAUAACCAGAAUAUUAUGAUGAGUGAAAAGGGCCAAUCCCAAACAGUUACAUACUUUAUUUCAUUUAUAUAAAAUUUCAAAAAUUAUAAUGUUAGAAACAUUGAAUAGAUUUGUGAUACCAGUGAUUAAUGAUUACAAUGAUCAGAUGUAAACCUAUACAUGUGAUACAUUUUAACUGCAUAGAACUAAAUACAUGUACACAAAUAAGCAAUUAUAAAAUGGGAAAUUUGAUUUAAGAUUGGUGGGUAUUAUCAAUAAAGAUAUCUUAUUUGUCAUACUGUAGUUUUUUUUUUUUGGUUCCAGGGGUCAAACUCACAGCUUUGUGCUUGCCAGGCAGAGGCUAUUGCUGCUGAGCUAAAUCCCAACCCAAUAUGGUAGUUUUGUAAACAGAAGAAACUGAUCAAACUGACACAGGAUCUCUAUUAUAUAUUGCACCUAUAUGCAUAGCUGUAAUGUUUUUCAAUU